AUGCCGGCAAAAGAAUGCAUCGACAGGCCACGUUCCUUGUGCGAGUACUGCGGAAUAUUCAUCAAGUCGUGCUAUUACCUCGCCCAACACGUCAGCAGCGUACACACCAACGACCGGCCCCACAGAUGCGCGCACUGCCAUAAAUCUUUCACCCGAAAGGAGGUCCUUAGGAACCACGUGAACAGCGUACAUUCCGCCGAAAAGCCGUACAAGUGCGACAUUUGCGGCAAAACGUUUUCGUUGAAGCAUACGCUUUACGCCCACGUCAACGCGCACUUCAACAAGCACAUUCGUACUAGACAUGCCAACAACAAACCCCACAAAUGUACACUCUGUGAUGAAUCUUUUGAAUUUUAUCGACAAGACCAACUCAUGGAACACGUCCGUAGCGUACACAUUGGCGAUCGACCCCACAAAUGUACCGAGUGUGAAAAAUCUUUUUCUCGAAAGUAUGAUCUGGUCCAGCACAUGCGUCGUGUACACUGGGGCGAGCGACCCCACAAUUGUACUGAUUGUAAAAAAUCUUUUUUUCGAAAACAUCGUCUUAUCGAGCACUUGAAUAUCGUACACUCUACAGACAAGCGACUCCACGAUUACAACUGCACCCAAUGUAAACAUACUUUUUCUCGAAAAAAAUAUCAUCUUAUCAAACACCUUCGUAUUCAUAGCACUGAGAAGCCAUACGAAUGUGAUAUUUGCGACAAAUCCUUUAGAUUAAAAUCUAAUUUAAAAGCACAUUCUCGUAAACAUACUGGCUUGCGUCUGGUUCAGUGCGAUUAUUGCAGUGGUUGUUUUACUCACAAAGAUGAUUUGGAAAAGCAUAUUCGCUUGCAUACCGGUGAGGAAUCAUUUUUCUGA